AUGGCUCAAUAUUCAACAACAGUAAAACGUCUUCCAACAGAUCAAUCGAGUCUGCAAUAUCUCAUCAAUCACGUAUUUCUUCCCCUUAAGUUGCCGCAAAGGAGUAAUCAUUCCCUUGAGAAUGAGCUGGCCUUAUCUCAGGCAGUAUUUGAUGCUGCUCUCGCCUUCAGUGACCAGCUGCCGUCCGAUGAGUUUCUGCUUUGGACGAGCAGCUUGAAAAUGCUUCGCAAUCUCAAAGAUUCAAUCAGAUUUAGCGUGAUGUCUGCAAAGGAAGUAGAAUCUCAAAUCAACGCCAUGGACAACAAAGAUGUCCUUGUAUAUAUGAUUCGGGCGCAAAACGCUGCGGUGGUCAUGAGAAGGCUCGAAUUCGAGACCAUAUUCGAAUUGUUCGAGGUCUCUCCUGACCCCACCGCAGUGAUGGGAGCAAAGGGAAAGCUGAUCUGUUCAUAUCCUGGACCUGCUAUCACAGUCCCAGAUGUGAACAUCGAUAAUGCUACCUUUUCUGCCGAGCUGGCGAAUUUUCUCGUUCGCAUGGAUCGAGAUGUCCUUGAUGCGGCACCAACGAGGAAAAAAGCCAGAUCCACUGUUCUCGAAGAGAGGGACACAACACAUCCCCGUUAUAUCACGGAACUCCUGACUGGUAUACUGCGUGGCCUCGGGAGCAUUGCUGAUGUUCCCCGCAUCCGCAAGCGCAUCGGAGAUGAUGUGCUGUGGGACAGCGCGAAAUUGCCGUGGAGGCGGUCUCCACUUUGGCUUGUCAUUCGCGUUGCCUUACAGACGACUCUGGAGCGCAGUGCUAUCGGACGAACGACAUAUAAAUCGUUCAUGCCGUUCUUCAUGGCGAGGCCGUAG